AAGAAGAUGAGGACAGGAGAAGGAGAAGGUUGGAAUGGAGGAAGAAGAGGUGAUGAUGGAAGAGAUCAUGGAGCUGGAGGGGGAGGAGGAGGAGGUGAUGGUGGAGGAGGAGGAGGAGGGGGAAGAGAAGGAGAAGGUGCCAGAACAGGAGGGGGCUGGGCUACACACGUGCUACGAUGGCAAUGACAAUAGGAAGCAAGGCUUUAAGGCGGAGCGAAUCCUGAAACAUUGCCUCAGUUCGGAUUGUUCUCUGCAACUCGAGAACAUGAAGUUGGAAUCGCUAGUAAUCGCGUCUGUGGAGGCGGCGGCGGCGGCGGCGGCGGCGGAAGAUGACGGCAAGGAGGAGACAAGAUAGCUGAGGAAGCGGUGGUGUAGGAUGAAGGCGAGGAGGAGGACGAGAUGGCUGAGGAGGGGGGGGGGGCACAGCAGUAGGUGAAGGAAGAUGACAGGAGGCAGUUGAACGGA